CCUAUAGGAGUGUCCAAUGACAGCAUCCAUACUGAGAAAAAUGCUACUGCUGCUGCUGCUGCUGCUGGCCUCAAAUGCAAAGAGCCCGUGGUCUAUCCUUGGAUGAAGAAGAUCCAUGUCAACACAGUUAAUCCAAAUUACACUGGAGGGGAACCCAAAAGGUCUCGAACUGCCUACACCAGACAACAAGUCUUAGAGCUGGAAAAGGAGUUCCACUUUAACCGUUACCUGACCAGACGCCGGAGAAUAGAGAUAGCACACACCUUAUGCCUGUCCGAACGUCAGGUCAAGAUCUGGUUCCAGAACAGGAGGAUGAAGUGGAAGAAAGACCACAAACUGCCCAACACUAAGAUGCGCUCAGCA